AUGGAUGAUCAAACUGGUAAUGUUCAUGAAUCAAGUGACAUGUCCAUUUCAAGCGAUGAUGAUGGCAUUGAGCAACAAAAGAAAAACAACGUGAGAGUUGAAGAGAACCAAGGUGAACCUCAAGUAGAUGUGAUACUUGAAGAUCCUGAAUUGGGGAUGACCUUUGAUACUGAGAAUGAUGUGCGACAGUACUACAAAAAUUACGCUAAGGCUAAAGGGUUUGGUGUGACGAGAAGAAGCUCAAACAGAGAUGAUAAUGGACAGCUAAAGUAUCUAACACUUUGUUGCUCUUGUCAUGGUAAAACAGAGUCCAACUCAAAGAAUAUGUUGAAGCCAAAUCCAACUGCUGGGUUAGGAUGUAAAGCUAAAGUUAAUAUUGUUCGUGGUCCAGAUGGAACGUUUCAUCUUUCAACGGUCAUUUCAGAUCAUAAUCAUACAUUAAGUCCACAUACAUCUCGGUUAUUUAGAUGCAACAAAAGGUUGAACUUUAAUGUUAAGCGAAGGCUUGAGUUGAAUGACCGGGCUGGAAUACGAGUAAACAAGAAUUUCAAUUCUCUUGUUGUGGCAGCGGAUGGUCAUGAAAACCUGACCUUUGGUGAGAAAGAAUGUCGCAAUUAUCUAGAGAAAACAAGAAGACUGAAAUUUGGAAGUGGUGAUGCUGAGGCCGUUCGUGAUUAUUUUAUGAAAAUGCAAUCCGACAAUCCAAAGUUUUUUAGUCUUAUGGAUGUUGAUGAUGAAUCCCGACUUAAGAAUGUCUUUUGGGCGGAUGCAAGAAGUAGAGCAGUAUAUGACUCCUUUGACGACGUCAUAACUUUUGACACCACAUACUUGGUGAACAAAUAUGAUAUGCCUUUUGCUUCUUUUGUUGGAGUGAAUCAUCAUGGACAAUAUGCAUUACUAGGAUGUGCUUUAUUAUCAAAUGAAGAUACUCAAACAUUUGUUUGGUUAUUUCAAGCAUGGCUGACAUGUACGUCAAAUCGUCAACCAAGAGCUAUUGUGACAGAUCAAGCAAAAGCAAUUCAGAAUGCUGUGGAAAUAGUUUUUCCAGAUGCUCGAUAUAGGUGGUGCUUGUGGCAUAUAAUGAAGAAGCUACCCGAGAAGUUAGGUGGAUAUGAACAAUAUGAAUACAUCAAGACUGCAAUUGGCAAAUCAGUUUAUGACUCAUUAACAAUUACAGAUUUUGAAGGUUCUUGGAUGCGUAUGCGUAUGCUUGUGAGGUAUGAUAUUGCUGGCAAUGAAUGGCUUAAAGGGCUCUAUGACAAUCGGCACCGUUGGGUUCCAGCAUUUGUAAAAGAUGUUUUUUGGGCAGGCAUAUCCACUACACAGCGUAGUGAAAGUAUGCAUGCCUUCUUUGAUGGGUAUGUUAAUGUAAAGACAACAUUGAAGCAUUUUGUUAGCCAAUAUGAGAAUGCUCUUCAUGAUAAAGUUGAGAAGGAGAUACUUGAUGAUUUUAAUUCCUUCCAUUCAACCAUACCUCGUAUCACACACUUUGACAUUGAGAAGCAGUUUCAAUCAGUUUAUACAAAUUCGCAGUUCAAGGAGUUUCAAGAGGAGCUAACACACAUGUUGUACUGUGACCGGAACUUCAUUCAAAAAGAAGGGGCAAUAGAAAUAUACAAAAUAACCGAGGAUGUGCUAAUUGACAAAGAUGAAGGAUGGAGAAAAGAUUAUGUGUACCAUGUGAUGAGCAUUAUAUUCAGUACUUUUCGUGCGCAUUUUCAGAGUUUUUGCACUGCUUAA